AUGUCGAUCGCGUGCUGUAUCCCCCUCGUCGAGUGCGUCUACUGCUUGGCCUGCACCCGCUGGGUUUGGAAGCGGUGCCUCCAUACUGCAGGUCAUGACAGCGAGACAUGGGCAAUAGCAUCCGCGGUCGAGUUCGAGCCCGUCCCUCGUCUCUGCCGCGUGAUCCUGGCUGUGUACGAGGAUGACAUCCAGAAUCCCUUAUGGGCUCCUCCUCGUGGAUACGGAAUAAAACCACAGUUCAUCAUCCUGCGGAAGACCUAUGAGGAAACGGGGGGGCGAGCUCCACCAUACCUGAUCUACGUUGACCAUGAGAAUGCCGACAUAGUCCUCGCCAUCAGGGGCCUUAACUUGGCGAAAGAGAGCGACUAUGCAGUGCUGCUGGAUAACCGGCUCGGGGAGAAGAAAUUCGACGGUGGGUAUGUUCAUAAUGGCUUGUUGAAGUCCGCGGCUUGGAUUUUGGACGCGGAGUGCGAUGUUUUGAAGGGAUUGCUGGAUGAACAUCCAAAUUACAGCUUGACGGUCGCUGGCCAUUCUCUGGGUGCUGGCGUUGCUGCCAUGUUGGCCAUGCUGGUGGUUCAGAAUAGGCAGAGGUUGGGCGAUGUGGAGAGGAAGAGGGUGCGGUGCUAUGCAAUGGCCCCCGCAAGGUGUAUGUCGCUCAAUCUCGCAGUUAGAUAUGCAGAUGUCAUCAACUCAGUCGUGCUGCAGGCAAGCUUGCCCUUUCCUCGUCCUGUUCAUCCCAUUUUGUAUGUAUAUAUGUUUGUUUGUGUGUGUGUGUAUGAUGAGUAAAUAGCUUCCGUGUUUAUGCUUCUGAUGUACUUGUAUGUUACCCACGGUCGUCUGUAUGCUCUCAGCAUUUCUGGGAAUGCAUUUUCUUGGUCUUCAGCGAGCCUUUUUUUUGGGAACCUUGAGCAUCUAAACCUCCGUUUUUUUAAAUGGCAGCUGUAGACAAGUAUGGUGGAAUAUCUGGGUAGAUAAUAAUUCUCCACCACGAUAUUUCAUCUGCGGGUAAUGCCUAGUGCAAUACAACAUGAAAGAUACCCCCUUAUCUGCUUUGGAGUUUUCUCACAUACUAUUGUCAUGUUAAUCUGAAGAAUACUGGGUAAAUUGCUCUGGUUCUGUGGUGAACUGUCGUGUUGACAAUUCAGUAGGGAUACACAACAAAUAGGUUUUCCUUGACCUUUUCCUGUUGUAUUUGCAGAUGCCUCUGCCCCUGGGACUCUUUGUUCUGUGGUUAUUCUAGGUUUGAACUUUUAUUACCCUGAAGAAGGGGCCAUUGCUAUUGUAAGUGCAUUUUUAAUAAAAUUGUAUCUUAAACAACACGUUACCUGAUAAACUAAAUAAUAAAAUAGUUUAGUUAAAGGAUUCUGUUUAUGAUGCAAUGAGAAAGUUGUAACGCCUCCUUUUUAGGAGAACUAAUGAUGAUGUGCGCGUCAUUUGUUUAUAUAACCUCAGUUGCCUGUUUCGUCAUUUGUUUUUAUUUGAUAGGUAGGAAUCUGGGUUCCAUAAAUGUUUACCUGUGGGUUCCAUAAACUAGAGGAGGAACUCUUUAAGCCUUCUGUGUGAGUAAAUAUUUGUAAGAGGCGGCUACCUGUGCAUGUCAGCAUUCUGAAUAACCUUGUGUUUUAUUCCCACAUUAAAGAGAUUUAAUGGUAUUUUCUCUCACAAAGCAUAUAUUUGGAAUUAGGGGAAGAUGCCGUUGAUUAAAGAAGGAAAAUAAAGAGGAAUUUUAAUGGUUGACUUUAACUGAGGUGACAACUGAGGAUUUUGAGGCACUGAAUCAUGCUCAACUGUUCAGGCCUGUGUUAGUAAAUAAAGCUGGCUUUCUCGUCAUCAUGACCAUUAUAGUGCUCGGCAGAAACAUGUGCCUUGUACAUGUUUCUUUAGUCUGCUCAUCAUCUCUUUUCCAAAUGCUGAGAUACAUAUUUUCCUACUGAGAACAUAUCGUAGGAGAGUUCGUGGGAGAAAUAUUCAAAAUGAGCACAUGAAAUAAAUUUUGUAUAGAAAAGCACGAAAUUCAUUACCUAGUUUUAUUGAUUGAAAUAUAGCAUUUUCUCACCACGCAGAGAAAAAAAAACUCAACUUGGUUUCGGAUCCUGAUUUUAUCGAUGACAUUUAGGCACACGCAUAUUCUUUAAUCACUAUAGAUUUUUUUUUAUUUUUACAAAGUCAUGUGAAGUGCAAACAUCUGGUGAAGUCUGGGCCUGGGCCUUUUACAGAUAUUAAUAUAUUCAUUUUUUCUUGGAAAUAGCUUGUAAAGAGAAGGGAGACUGAAAUUAUGGCUCUAUUUUUUUCUUCCUUCUCAUGUUUUGCCAUCUGCAGACUAUUGUUCAGUUCUUCCCCAUCUCCUCGUCAUUGAAUAAUAUCAUAUCAUUUCGGCGAGACUGAUCUGCUCUACUCUAUUAGUCCUGUAUGUGGUUUGUGUUCUGAUGCUGUCUAUUCUGACUCCCAGGAUGAUUUCCUACCGAGGACGGCUACUCCUCUUGAAGACGUUUUCAAGUCUCUCUUAUGGUAAAACAUAGGCUUUGAAGCCCUGAAUCUCUUUUUUAAGAAUAAAAGUAGGCUUCUGGUUUCUUAGGAAACAAAGUUCAUCCAAUUGAUGUGGCUAACGUCCCAUCAUUGUAUCGUUUUGAAAUCCCCUCCCCCCCUCAUUGAAGUCCUAUUUUCAGAGGAUAUCUGUCUGGGAUUGUGACCAAUACAUCAAUAAUGGCAUUCCUUUUUGGUCUUCUCGUAGCUUAUUUGUGCUCUUAUGUUGAUCAAAGUAUAAGUUUCAUCCAGCUCUCCAGUAUUCAUCCUGUGAAUGACUUGAUUAUUGUUUCUGAUCGUUGUGCAUGCAAAUGGCUUCCUUCUCUUAGUUCUUUUAGUUAUUUUUGCAUGGUCAGAUUUCAAUAUUUACUCAAAGUCUCAGUGAUAAUGCCUCCAUUGAAAUUAAGAAUUAAGAUGAAGGUUCUUUUUUUUAUAAAAAAAAAGUUUUUACUUAUAGAGGUCCUCAUCAGGACUGGAAUCGUUUAUUUGAUUUUUGUUUUGACAGUUUGCCAUGCAUACUUGCCCUAAGAUGCUUGAGGGACACGUGCAUACCGGAGGAGAUCAUGUUCAGGGAUCCAAGGCGGCUCUACCCACCUGGUCGUCUAUAUCACAUUGUCGAGAGAAAGCCUUUCAGGUGAAUCGUCACUCUGUUUGCUUAAAGGAUCCGCAUAUCUAAGAAGUCUUCGAAACCAUUCUUGGGCAUCUUUCAAAACCCAUCGGAGAGUUUUCUAAAUGAUCUAAUAGGAUAUAGUUCUAUCCGAUGUCUCGGAAAUCUAAGGCUUUGGGGCAUUCACGUGAUGCUGUGGGUGGCAGAUGUGGGAGGAUCCCACCGGUGGUUCGGACGGCGGUGCCCGUGGACGGCAGAUUUGAUCACAUUGUCCUGUCUUGUAAUGCCACGUCGGACCACGCCAUCAUCUGGAUCGAGAGAGAGGCCCAGAGGGCUAUGGAUGUAAGUCUUAGAUCUUCGCGUUUAGUUCUGAGAAGGGUUCUUGUCUUCUAUAUCCGAUCAUUAGCUUCAAUUCUGUUUACAUGUUCCAUGGUUAGACAAAGUACAGAGCUUUGGAGUGUGGUUCUGUUGUGAGACUGACUGGAUAUUAUAUAUGAUGGCCCUCCGAGCUCAGCUCAUGUUGGAGGCGGAGUCGGCCAUGGAGAUCCCGGCGAAGCAGCGGAUGGAGCGGCGGGAGAUGGUGGCGAGAGAGCACAAGGAGGAGCACCGGGCGGCGCUCCGGCGGGCCGUCACGCUGGCCAUCCCGCAUGCGUACUACCCCUCGGCGUACGGCACUUUCGAGGAGCAACCCGUCGCCGGUGGAGAGCCCGCAGUGGCCGCCAACGGGGAGAGGGAGAGCUGGAACGAGCUGAUACAGCGGCUGUUCGAGAUAGAUGCCUCCGGUCAGGUGGUGCUUCGGAAGUCGGCUUCCCCUGAGAUGUCGUGA